GCUCCCUCUCAAGACCAGUGCGCGCGCAUGCGUGCAUCGCACGCGCUCCAUCCCCGCUUUGGAGUUCAGAAUUAGCGAAGAGAGGGGGAGGGAGAGAGAGCGGCGAGGAUGGACAACAGAAAUGUUGUCGUCUGCGACAAUGGCACCGGGUAUGUGAAGUGUGGAUUUGCUGGAGAGAACUUUCCUACCUCUGUGUUUCCGUGCGUGGUCGGAAGGCCGUUGCUUCGUUACGAAGAAUCGCUCAUCGAACAGGAACUGACGGAUAUUGUCGUGGGAGCAGCUUGUGCAGACCUUCGGCAUCAACUAGAUAUAUCUUAUCCUGUCAGCAAUGGAAUUGUGCAGAAUUGGGAAGAUAUGGGCCAUGUGUGGGAUCAUGCCUUUUACAGUGAACUAAAGAUAGAUCCAUCUGAAUGUAAGAUAUUACUUACAGAUCCGCCUCUCAAUCCUUCAAAAAAUCGUGAAAAAAUGAUAGAGACCAUGUUUGAGAAGUAUAAUUUCAGUGCUGUCUUCAUUCAAAUCCAAGCUGUUCUUACAUUAUACGCUCAAGGCUUGCUGACUGGUCUUGUCAUCGAUUCUGGUGAUGGUGUCACUCAUGUGGUUCCUGUAGUUGAUGGCUACUCAUUUCCCCAUCUAACAAAGCGAAUGAAUGUAGCUGGCAGGCAUAUAACAUCUUACCUUGUUGAUUUGCUCUCUCGUAGAGGGUAUGCCAUGAAUAGGUCCGCAGAUUUUGAAACUGUAAGGCAAAUAAAAGAAAAGCUAUGUUACAUUAGCUAUGAUUACAAACGUGAAUACCAGUUAGGCCUGGAAACUACUAUUCUUGUCAAGAAAUAUACUCUGCCAGAUGGAAGAGUUAUCAAAGUUGGUACUGAACGAUUCCAGGCCCCCGAGGCGCUUUUUACUCCGGAGCUUAUAGAUGUUGAAGGAGAUGGAAUGGCGGACAUGGCAUUCCGUUGCAUUCAGGAAAUGGAUAUAGACAACAGGAUGAUGCUGUACCAGCAUAUUGUUCUGAGUGGAGGGAGUACCAUGUACCCUGGACUGCCUAGCCGCUUGGAGAAGGAAAUUCUUGAUCGCUAUCUUGAAGUGGUUUUGAAAGGAAACAAAGAUGGGUUAAAGAAACUACGGUUGCGAAUAGAGGAUCCUCCACGGAGAAAGCAUAUGGUUUACCUAGGAGGUGCUGUCCUUGCUGGAAUCAUGAAGGAUGCACCGGAGUUCUGGAUUACCAGGCAAGAAUAUCAGGAAGAAGGAACUGCUUGUUUGCGAAAAUGUGGCCAAGCAUGAUUAGUUAGCAUAACAAAUGCAUAUACUUACAAAGUCCUUCGAGGAGCGGUGUCAGGAAUUAUAAUCUCUAGAUGAUACAGACAAAUGGGAGGCACCACUGCAACCAGAAAUUGAUGCUAUAAUCAUUAUCCAUCCACACAUAACAAAUCUGCAGGCAUUCUGUACUGGAAACUACUAGUUUUGACUUUUUUGUGUGAUACUUGUAAGUCGCAAUGAUGGUCAACCAAACCUCUGCUGUAACCAUAUUAAUAUCUGUAAAAAGUUUCAUAUAUAUCCAGUUUGUCAUCAAACGCUUUACCAGGAAGCCUUACCUGAACAAAAACUUACUUGUAAGAUCGUUGCAGAUUGUUAUCUUCCUGGUGAAGAACAUCUCUUCCU